AUGCGUCUUCCAAUCACCGUCUCUCUCCUCGCCCUAGCACUCGUGCUGGCAACGAGUGCCACAGCACACAGGAGCGCUUCGGAAAGUAUUCCUGUCCGUCCCAAAUUUGACGGUAUCUCCGUUCCUGCAGGUGCUCAUCACGCGCCGCUAAAGGGCAGCGAUCACAAGCAACACUUGUCUGCCAGAGUUCUCAAGCAAGCUGGAUUGUACAAGAACUCAACCAAGGCGUACCAAUCCGAUCAGUUGCUCGAUGACGCUCCGCAGGACGGGCGCGCACACCCUCCACACGAGCGUGCCGAAGAGAUUUCGGGCGAUGUGCACCCAUCGUCUGCCCCAACAGAGCAGGGUCAUGCUGGGAAGCCACCCUCGUGGAAGCACGACAGUAAGCCUCCGUCAGGCCCCCGUCCUCAAGAAAACGGUCUCAACGCGCGGGACGCCUCUGAGCAACCGGUGAACGCAAGUCACGAAUACCGAAACAACCAUCACGGUGCCAAAGGAAGCAACCGCCAUCCAAAAGCUCCGCCAAACGGCCCAUCAGGGACCAAAGCACUUCGUCCAGCAGAGCGUGACGAGCAUCAAGAUGCUGACGAGCCAAAGCUUGACUCUGAUCAAUCUGAAGAUGGAUCUCCGAUGAACAAGCCGUCUGAUGCUCCGAAGCCGUCUGGUCAGCCACCAAAGCACUAUCGCAAACCUGCAAGCCAGCCGGAUGGCGCACCAGAGCGCCCUCAAGCACGCUCGGAUGAAGUCAAAAAAGGUGACAAAGAGGACAACGGCAGGAUUUGGCCAGGACCAAAGGCACCCAAAGGUGCAAAGCCCAGCGAUGAACCUCGUCCUCUACCGACCCAAGAUGCUCCAAAGGGCGGCAAAGGCAAAGGUCAACAAAAGUCUGGAGAUGAUCAGGCCGAGAAACGUCACGAGAAGACGUCACACGACGAGGGGCGUGUUGGGUCUGCUCCACCCACCAAGCUGGAUCAUCAUCCAAAGAGACCCACCGACGGCGCCGGACGUCCACCAAAGCCUGCCUCGCAGCGUCGAGGGAUUGAACAAGGUGAAGAUGGCACGAAUGAAGAGUCGCAGCGUUCAGAUGCUGAGAGACCCAAGCGCAAAGGUCCUCACCAGCCGUCAAAGGCACUUCAGCCUGCUGCCCGUGAUCACGUGAAUCAGGAGCACGGACGUGAUUCAAAGCCAGAAAAACCUCUCAAGUCUGUGCCGGCUGCUCAGAAGCAACAUGGUCCAAAGCACGGUAAGGGUCAGAAACCAGCAAAGGUAAGACGCGUGCCUUUUGGCAAGCCGGCUGAAGCGCGAAUUUAG